AUGUAUUGUAAAACUGUGACCUACAACAUACCAAAAACCAUGGCCGCCAGUGCUCCCAACUGGCUCCACGUGGACACCGAGGACGAGGUUCGCCCGCAGCUCACAACGCUCUCCAGCUGCAUGACCUUGAGCGACGUGCAGUGCGAUGGCUAUGUCCGGCUUCUGGCCGCGGACAUUUCACUGGAUGACGCCGCCGAGGAGCCCAGUGCCACGCUGAAGGUGUUCCGAGGUCUAAAGCUCAAGCAGGAGCAGCCUCUGCCGGGGAUUCCCACGGCCAUUGAGAGCCUUUACAUCGACGAGUCGGAGCCAAAGACGCCGGUAAUUGCCGUCGCCAUUGCCGAGUCCGUGCUCUUUUACCGCCACCUGAAACCCUACUUCAAGUACACGAUUCCCGCCCAGGACUCCGAGGACCUUGAGCUCGAGGUGUGGCGCAAGCUGCCGGUGAUGAAGCAGGACGCCCACCCAGCUCUGCUUGAAUCCCUCCAGAACAUUGACCACGCCAAGCUCUCGCGAAAGUCGCAGCGCUUGCUCCAGCUGAGCGAGGAGGAGCGGGAGGCCUUCAUUACGACGCACAGAGACUCAGCGGUGGGUCGCGGUGGCAGCAUUGUGGCCAUGUGUUGCCUGAAGCGCAUCUCCAGCGACGCUAAUCCGCCAUCUCAUUUGGUUUUGGCAACCGACAGUGGCAGUGUCCUUAUCCUAGAGCCGCAAGGCUUUAAUUUGGUGUUCGAGGGCAAGACCUGUGCGGAUGAAACUGCUGUGCCGAGCCUGAUUUCCGUUCAGGGAACCUAUGAAACUGAUUUCUGCAUUGUGGUUGCCACGCGGAAUGGUGGUGUCUACCUGCUGCGGAAGACCCAAUCCGAGGGCCAGGAGAUCUUCAAGCUGGGAACGCCGCUAACAGGGCUGUUGCUCCUACCCAUUGACCAGACAAUCAUCGCCUCCACGAUGGACAAUCGCUAUCUGUGCUACUCGAAGCGGGGCAAGCUGCUGUACCAGGUGCCUCUGCAGGAACUGCCCGUCUGCAUACUGCCCCUGCCCAUGACCCAUCUGGGACUAACCCUUGUGGCCAUUGCCCUGAAAGGAGGCGUGGUUAAAUUUUAUCUGCAGCGCUAUCUGGUUGAUGAGUUUGCUCUAAGUGAGACCGUGGAUGCCAUGUUGUACGGCCGGAUGGGCAUGGAGGAUCACGUGCUUACCCUUGUUACACAAUCAGGAGACAUUGUGGUUAAGAUACUGCGACGGGUCUCUCGGUUUGAUCCCAAACCUGGAGAUCUAGGCAAUAAGCGAUCAGGCAGUGAUCACAGCUCGAUCGUGGAUGCCUCCAUUCUGGACAAACCUAAGAAGAGCUCUAUUUUUGUGGAGCAGGCGGCGCGGGAGAAGCAGCAGGCCAAAGCCACUUAUGGCAGCUUUCAGGUGGAACUGUGGCGCCUGCGUCUCACAGCAGCUCGGGCCACCAUCGAUGCCAUCAACUCCUCGGAAAGCACGAUAUCCGGCGACCUGACCCAUGCCCCCGUCAAGCUAUCCGCCGAGGUCUGCGGCAGCGGACCCGCCUUUCGGCUAUACCUUACUGUCCAGAACCUGUCCACCUUUAAGAUGGCCUCGAAUCUCGUGGUGCUGCUCCAUGCCGACAGACGCCACUACACUGUGCCGCAGACCCUGGCCCGGCUGCCCAGUGUCCUGCCAGGAGUCCCCCUGCGUGUGGAUUUUGAGGUGGUGGCGGUGCUGGAUCCAAUGGAUAAGCUGCCGCCGGCCAGCCUCAGCCCGGACAACUCCCAGAUACGGGUGAUGCUGAUGAAGGCUGGCCAGGCCAAGCCGCUCAUCGCAGCCGCCGUUUCGAUGCCCCAAUCAGAGGCAGCCUUCUAA